AUGGUCAUGGAAAACCAGAACCGCCAGUACGGCGGCGGAAUGGGGUUUGACAGUGUCUACCAGCACUCGCAUCACAGUCAAGCGCCGCAGUUCACAGACCCCUGGGCCACCGCCCAUUCCUCGUCUCACUCGACGCCUCCCGUCUACCCGGCUCCUCUGGGCAUCAAGCAGGAGGAGACCAGCCGCCCCUCUCACAUCCCUCUGCCAUACUCCGUCUCUGUUUCUGCGCCUUCAAUUGUCGCUGGCAGCAACUACUCCUCCGCAACCACAUCUGCGAGCUAUCCCGCCCCCGACAUGAUGGGUCUUCAUCAUGAGAUUCCCCGGACAUCGUUCGACCAGACUCCUGCCUACACCACUGCUCCCUCGAUCAGCAGCUUUGCGCCAACCAGCUAUGCACCCAUCAGCUACGCUUCCCCGGUCCACCAGGACAGCCGCAGGAUGUCGCAUGCUGAUGCUGCUCGCGUUGCUUCUUCACAACCCACAUCCGGUCCUACAUUCGGGGAUGCGCUAGAUGCUAGUCGCGGCAUGGUGGCUCUCAGCCAGGACUUGACGCCCCGAAAUGUCUAUGGUCCCCGGGGCUCUCGAGGCUCGGGAGAUUCCUACGGAUUCCCCCUAGCACACUCAGCCGGUUCGUCCAUUUCAUCCGCGGGCUCCUACCCAUACUACAGCGCGUCCGUCGCGUCGGUAGAGUCGUCUGUCACCGACUACAGCUCAACGACUUCAGAGUCUUACGAGAAUGGCCACCUGUCACGCACUCUUCCCCGCCCGUCCACACUCCUCACUGGCAGUGCACCCCCGGGACCCCAGUCUAUGAUGAGCCAAUUCAGCUCAAAAAUGCCGUCCAACACCCAGAAGAAGCACAAGUGCAAGGUGUGUGACAAGCGGUUUACCCGACCAUCGUCGCUACAGACCCAUAUGUACAGUCACACUGGCGAGAAGCCAUUUGCUUGUGACGUGGAAGGCUGUGGUCGACAGUUCUCCGUUGUCUCGAAUCUCCGUCGCCACAAGAAGGUCCACAAGGGUGGGAAGGAGGGAGGUUCGGGCGAUGACGAAGAGUAA